UGCAGCUGCAAAAUUGGAAAAAAAAAAUUUUGAUUGACUUGACGAUUAUAAUUGGACCAAGUAUACCAUAUAAAGCAAAACUUGCAAAAAGAAAAAGAUUGGUUGUUCAAACACUAGCCGGAAAAUUAAUCCUCCAUCCCACCAAAUUAAGUUCAUUCGUUGCAGAUCAAUUUCCUCGCCAAACUUAGAUGACUAAUGAAGUUUUCUUGAUGUUGGCCAUAAACUAAGAAGUAUGAAGGUAUCAGUUGCAGGCUUUGUUGUCCUUAUCAUAUAUUUUAUUUCAUUAUUUUUCACAAUAGGCUGUUCAGCAAGAGACACUCUUGAUGCAAAGCAAUCACUUAAAGAUGGUGAAACCCUAGUGUCCGCAGAAGGAAAUUUUGAGAUGGGAUUUUUUAAUCCUGGAAAAUCUGAAAAACGGUACUUGGGGAUAUGGUACAAGAAGAUAGCUACUGGGACAGUUGUUUGGGUUGCCAACAGAAAUAAUCCCCUUAAUGAUUCUUCAGGGGUGCUUAAGUUUCUUGAUGAAGGAAAUCUUGCCCUUGUCAAUAGUACAAAUGAUACCAUCUGGUCUUCCAAGUUAUCAAGAUCGGCUACCAAUCCAGUUGCACGGCUUUUGGAUACAGGAAAUCUUGUUGUGGUAGAUGUAAAUGAUGAUAACCCCGAAAACUUCUUGUGGCAGAGUUUUGAUUACCCUGGUAACACAUUUUUAGCAGGCAUGAAGGCCGGUAUAGACUUUCGCACUGGCCUGAAAAAAGACUUGACAUCCUGGAAGAGUCCAGAUGAUCCUUCUGCAGGUGAAUAUUCAAACCGGCUUGAUCCUGGUGGAGUACCACAGCUUCUUUUAUGGAAGGGUUCAGUUUUGAGGUUCAGGUCUGGUCCAUGGAAUGGUCUCAGGUUUAGUGGUAUGCCAAAUUUAAAACCUAACCCAAUUUACACAUUCGAAUUUGUUUUCAAUGAUGAGGAAAUAUACUACAAGUAUGAACUGGUUAACAGCUCAGUUGUGACAAGAAUGGAGCUGACUUCUGAUGGAGCUCUGCAGCGAUACAUAUGGGUUGAUCGAACUAAGGAAUGGAACCUGUACGUAGAUGCAUCAAUGGAUGAUUGUGACAGGUAUGCAUUGUGUGGUGCACAUGGCAGUUGCAACAUAAACAAUUCCCCAGCAUGCGGGUGCUUGGAGGGAUUUGAGCCAAAAUUCCCCGAAGAAUGGGUCUCAGCUGAUUGGUCUCAUGGAUGUGUGCGGAAGGUCUUAUUGGAUUGCAGCGAAGGGGAAGAUUUUCUGAAAUAUUCUGGAAUUAAAGUGCCUGACACGCAGCAGUCUUGGUAUAAUAAAACCAUGAACCUUGAAGAAUGCAAGAAGGUGUGUUUGAAGAACUGCUCAUGUACUGCAUAUGCCAAUAUGGAUAUCAGUGGAGGAGGAAGUGGAUGCAUACUUUGGUUCAAUGAUCUGCUUGAUAUCAGACAGUAUAAUGAAAAUGGGCAAGAUAUAUACAUAAGACUGGCUGCCUCAGAAAUUGCUGCAUACAGAAGUUCCAAAGGAAAAGAACGGAUUAUGAAGAUAUUCAUCCCUUUAUUAUGCUUUGUAAUAAUUCUCCUAGGUCUUUUCCUGAUCUUCGUUAUCUUGAAGAAAAUGGCUAAAUUUAAGAGAAAAGGGGGCCUAGGGGCUUUUGUGCUGAACCAAGAGCAUGACUUCACUGAAGAAGGAGAGACAGAAGAUUUGGAGCUACCAUUAUUUGAUUUUGCUACAUUAACAGAUGCAACUGGUCAUUUUUCAUUGAACAAUAUGCUUGGCCAGGGCGGAUUCGGAUCAGUUUACAAGGGAAAAUUAAAAGAUGGGCAAGAAAUAGCGGUGAAGAGGCUUUCACAGACAUCGAGGCAGGGAAUUGAUGAGUUCAAGAAUGAAGUUUCAUGUAUUGUUAAACUUCAGCACCGCAACUUAGUGAAGCUUCUCGGUUGCUGUAUUCAAGCAGAAGAAAGGUUGCUGAUCUAUGAAUAUAUGCCUAACAAAAGCUUGAACUUCUUUAUUUUCGAUCAAAACAGAAGCAAAGUAUUGGAUUGGCCUAAGCGCUUCAACAUCAUCAAUGGCAUUGCUAGGGGACUUCUUUAUCUUCAUCAAGAUUCUAGAUUAAGAAUCAUUCACCGGGAUCUAAAAGCUAGCAAUAUUUUAUUAGAUCAUAAUAUGAAUCCAAAAAUUUCAGACUUUGGAUUGGCAAGAAGUUUUGGCGGAGAUGAAACAGCUGCAAAUACAAACAAAGUUGUUGGAACAUACGGCUACAUGUCUCCAGAGUAUACAAUUGAUGGACUCUUCUCCACAAAAUCUGAUGUUUAUAGUUUUGGAGUUUUGGUAUUAGAGAUAGUCAGUGGGAAGAGAAACAGGGGAUUUACUCACUCUGAUCACAACCUUAAUCUUCUUGGGCAUGCUUGGAGACUGUUCAAUGAAGGCCGUUCUAUCGAAUUGAUCAACAAAUCUGUGAAGGAAUUGUGGAACAUAUCCGAAGUGUUACGUUCAAUUCAUGUGGGCUUAUUAUGUGUGCAACAAAGUCCAGAAGAUAGACCAGGCAUGUCGACCGUAAUGUUGAUGCUGAGUAGUGAUAUAGCAUUGGCUCAGCCUAAGAAACCCGGGUUUUAUUUAGAAAGGAGUUUGACAGAAGGAGAUUCUUCAACAGGCAAGCAAGAUUUAUCUUCAACCAAUGAAGUAACUGUUACAUUGCUAGAGCCUCGAUAAAAUACACAUCUUGUAACAGAGCCUGCAUAGAUUUGCAGAAUAUGUUUUUAUCCUCAAAAUAGUUUUCUUUGUGCAUAUGUUUUGAUCACAUUAUAUAAGGCCAUAGUCUCUUACUUUCUGUGAGAGCUUAGUGAAUUCCCGGA